AUGGCACUGCACACCACCCUGGUGACAGGGCUGAAACUGGAGCCAGCGGGGCCAUUGGCAGCAGCUCAGGAGGGAGGGGAUGAGGCGGCAGCGCGGGUGGGUGCGAUCGAGGGCCUCACACGGGCCGGACACCGGGCGCUGGCCCUGGGCGCCGGGCGGGAGGCAGUGGGGUGCUUUAGGAAAGCCCUGCUCCUCUCCAGGGACACAGUGAGCCCCCAGCUCCACAGGGCUUGUGCCUUCAACCUGGGAGCUGCCUACGUGGAGACUGGGAAGCCCAGAAAGGGCUUUGAGUUCCUUCUCCAGUCCCAGCCCUCAGAGGCGGAGAGCGGGGACCACCCGGGGAGCCUUUACUUCAGCGUCGGGGCGGCUCACGAAGGGCUCCAGGAUUUUCCAAAGGCUCUGGAGUGUUUUGAGGAAGUCUCCGGGCACGCCGGUGCUGCUCAGGCUGGCAGCCGAGCGGGGACCUGCGUGCAGAUGGGCUGCUGCUACCUGGGCAUGCGGGAGCCGGCGCGGGCCGCGCGGUGUUUCCUGGACGCGGCGCAGGCCUACGCGGCGGCGGAGAGCCCCGGGGCCGCGGCCGUGGCUCUGAGCAGGGCGAGUGGCUCCAUGCUGCAGAGCCGGCGGUUCCGGGCCGCGGACAUCGCCGGCGUCCUCGCCCGGUGCCGCUCGCUCUGCGAGUCCAUCCCCGACCCGGCCCUGCGAGGGAAACUCUACAACGACAUCGGCCUCGGCUACUCGCAGCUGCGCGUCUUCUCCCUGGCUGCCGAGAGCUUCGAGCGGGCGCUGGGGCUGUGCGGUGGGGAGCGGGACCGGCAGCGGGAGGCGGCGCUGCUGCAGAACCUGGGCGCUGCCCUCAACGCCCUGCGCAGCUUCGGCACCGCGCUGGGCUGGCACCGGCGUGCGGCCGCGCUGCACGGUGCUCUGGGGAACCGCAGGGCUCAGGGGCAGAGCUUUGGGAACCUGGCGUUCGCCUGCAGCCAGCUCGGGAAGCACGGGGAUGCUGCCGAGAGCUACCUGCACGCCCUGCAAGCCUUCAGGGACUCGGGGGACUUGCAGGGGCAGUGGCAAGCGUGUGAGGGGCUGGGGGCAGCAUGCUUGCAGCUCGGAGACCCCCAGAAAGCCAUCGGGCACUAUCAGGAGGCCCUGGUUUUGCUUUCCCACUGUCAGGACAGCCCCAGAGCUGCCCACAAACGGGUGGUGCACAAGCUCACAGAUGCCAUCCAGCACCGACUCCACCUCAGCCACCUCUCCUACCAGCAGAGCUGGGCACCCAACCCAGGCCUGGAGCCCAGCCAGCUGCGGUUUUGCUCCACACUGCCCCGUGCCAGUAGGACACAGCUCCAGGGAAAAGAGGUGUGAGUAGCAAAGCUGCCACCCCCUCUCUCCUUCCUCUGGAAUGAGUUUCCAGAUGAAACAGGAGACAAGGCUUCCUUCACUCCAUGUCCUUCAGGGGGAAAGCCCAGGCUGAGGACAAGCUGUAUUGGUGUACACCAGGAGCACAACCCAGGUAUUCAGGCACAAGAGUGGCCCUGACUGAAGGUCUCACACUGGAGCCUUGCAACCCAAGUGGCCUCCUGGGCACCUCUGGGGAGGAUGAUGAUGAUCCCAGCUCAGCUCCAGGGUAUCACAGUGAGCCCCAGGCUAGCAGCACAAGGACCACCAGCCCCCUGUCCCCGGCCAAGCUGCCCCAUGCCAGCCUCCAGCCCCGUAAGUACCACAGACAACCAGAACAUGGCUUCUGCAGUGAGCCCAGGCCUGAGGGUCUCACACCGCAUCCCACAGGGCACCAAAACCACCAAAACCUCCAUCCGAGGCCUCCGCAGAGCCUUGACAAUGACCCCACUGCCGGCUGCUGGUCCCGCCGGGGACCCCGCACGGGCACCAGGACUCUGUCCCUCGUCUGCAGCCUCGUGUGAGCAGGAGGACACCGGGGAAACGCCGCUUCUCGG